AUCUGUGAGGCUGUCUUGAAUUGUUUAAGAGCCAAAGGAAUAAAGACCACCCAUCUGGUGUCAGUAGCUACUGAUGGGGCUCCGAAUAUGACGGGAACGCACAAGGGAUUUGUGGCUUUACUGCAGAAGUCGCUGGACAGAAAGCUGCUGACUUUUCACUGCAUCUUGCACCAAGAGGCACUGUGCGCUCAAACAUUUCCUCCGGAAUGCACAGAAGUAAUGGAUGUUGUCAUUCAGAUUGUCAAUAAAAUAAUGGCAAAAAGUUUAAAUCACCGUCAAUUCCGUUUGUUACUGGACGAGAUGGAAAGCGCAUAUUCUGAUCUCCUGCUGCACAACAAAGUCCGGUGGCUGUCCAAAGGGGAGGUGCUGAAACGCUUUGUCGCGUGUCUGGAAGAAGUGAAAACUUUCCUGGGCAGCAAAGGGCUCAACUUUCCUGAGCUGGAACAGCCAGGGUGGCUGGAAAAGCUACACUUCAUGGUAGACAUGACAGCGCACCUGAACACGCUGAACACAGCUCUUCAGGGGAAAGGACGCACAGCCCUGCACAUGUUGGAGGAUGUCUUGGCAUUCGAGCGCAAGUUGACAGUGCUUGCCAGAGAUUUACAGAAAGGCACUUUGUCUCACUUCCCCAAUUUGAGAGAGUUCAAACAAGGUCACGACAUGAUAAUUUCGGAGUAUUUACAUUCUGCAAUCAUCGCAAUGCAAACAUCGUUUGGGAAACGCUUCUGUGAGUUCAGAGAGGAAAAAAACACAUUAUCCUUCCCGGUCACUCCCUUAAGCAUCGAUCCUUCCCUACUGAAUACGACUGCAUUGGCAGGUGUGAGUCAACCUGAUCUUGAGAUGGAACUGGCCGACAUAGCCGACAAAGACAUAUGGGUGUCCAAGUUUAGACGCUUGACAGCAGACCUUGAAGAUGUUGCCCGUCAGAAGGCCGUUCUUGCUCAGAAUCACAAAUGGAGUGAUAUUGAAAACCUUCCAAAUCCGGACCAACUUGUGUUUGAAACAUGGAAUGCUGUGCCCGACAUUUAUGUAAACAUGAAAAAGUAUGCGCUUGGAGUCCUGUCGAUCUUUGGAUCCACAUAUGUAUGUGAGCAGGUGUUCUCCAACAUGAACUUUAUUAAAAACAAACAUCGCGCAUGCCUCACAGAUGACAGCUUGCGAUCCUGUGUAAAGAUGAAGGUGACGUCAUACAGCCCUGAUGUGCAGACGCUGUGCGCUGAGGUCCAGGAGCAGAAAUCCCAUUAACCAAGCUGACAGCUGGCUGAUGUUAUUUUUGGUUUGCUGCUGGCGGAAAAUUUAAGUUCGGCGUUUUUCAUAAAUACAAGAAGGACUCAAAUAGACAUUGAGUAUUUUACUUAAAAGUAACUUUCAACCCAACGUCUUUUUUUCGGAGUUCAAAAUGUUUUUGUUGCAUGCAGAAAUGUAAUUUCGUUUUCUCUGCAGGAGUUCAUCAAUUUCAUAAAUGCAACACA